AUGGAAUGUUGCACCACAAGAUCAGGGGUACCUAAUUCACCUGGAGUGCAACCCCAAGGAGAGGUCACCAAUGUUGAGUUUCGUGAAGUUAUUCAGGUGUUAAGUCAAGUUGUGACUAAUCAUGUUGGAAAGAGAGAGAAUCGACAUGAAGUGGAUGAUACUUCUAGGAUCCGUGAGUUCUUAAGGAUGAAACUUCCAAGCUUCACUGAUCCAAGAUCGAGUUUAUCUAUUGUGACUCCUUAUGUUGCAUUGAAUUUUGAUGUUCUUCUUGAGAAAUUUCUUGAGCCAUUCAGAGUUUCCACACCUGUUGCUCUUUAUGGGAGAAGAUGUGGAUCUCCUAAUGGAUGGUUUGACGUUGGUGAAGCUGGGUUGAUAGGACCAGACUUAGUUCAUCAAGCCAUAGAUAAAGUGAGAGUUAUUCAAGAAAGGUUGAAAACAACCCAGAGUCGCCAGAAAUCCUGCACUGAUGUUAAGAGAAGGGACUUGGAGUUUGAAGUAGAUGAUUGGGGGAAGCUUAGUCCCCAGUAUAUUGGUCCAUACCGAAUAUCCAAGAGGAUUGAUAAUGUAGCUUAUGAGUUGGAGCUGCGGCAAAAGUUAGCAACAGUUCAUCCAGUGUUUCACAUUUCUAUGUUGAAAAAGGUUAUGGGUGAUCCUUCACUGAUCAUACCAACGGAAGAUAUUGGUAUUAAGGAUAGCUUGUCUUUUGAGGAUAUUCCUGUUCAGAUUCUAGAUCGCCAAGUUCAUAAAUUGAGAAUCAAGGAGGUAGCAUCAGUCAAGUGGGCUGGUGCACCAGCAAGAGGGGUCUGUAGGAUGGGCUCUGGGGAACCACACCAAAUAGUGUGCCCCAAACCAGGUUCUAGACCCUACGCCACUCAGAGAGGUACACGUUACAUGUUGCACAAUUAUCAAGAUGCAAUGUCAAUAUGUAAAUGGGCCGGAUAUCCUGAUCUAUUUAUUACAUUUACUUGCAAUCCUAAAUGGCCUGAGAUCACUAGAUUUGUGAACAGUAGGGGAUUGCCUCCAGAAGAUCGGCCAGACAUUAUAACGAGAGUCUUUAAAGUCAAAUUAGAUCAACUGAUAAAGGAUUUGCGAGACAACAAAAUUUUUGGACAAGUAAAAGCAGUGAUUUAUACUAUUGAAUUUCAAAAGCGUGGAUUGCCUCAUGCGCAUAUUUUGCUAUUUCUACAUAAUAAAUCUCCAAAUAUUGGUGAUAUUGAUGAUAUUAUUUCAGCUGAAUUACCAAAUAAAUUACUUGAUCCGGAUUAUUAUGUGGCUGUUACAAACUUUAUGAUGCAUGGCCCAUGUGGUUCAGUUAGAAAAUCAUCUCCUUGCAUGCAAAAUGGAAAAUGUUCAAAACACUUUCCAAAAAGGUUUAUUUUUUCUACCUCAAUUGAUGAGGAGGGAUAUCCUGUAUAUAGAAGAAGAGAUGAUGGCAGAUCUACAAAGAGAUCAGGUAUUGAUUUGGAUAAUAGAUAUGUUGUACCACACAAUAGAUUUUUGUUGUUGAAAUAUGGGGCGCAUAUUAAUGUUGAAUGGUGCAAUCAACCAAGGUCAAUUAAAUACUUAUUUAAGUAUGUUAAUAAAGGUCAUGACCGUGUUACAGCUGCUUUUUGCGAUAGUGCGAAUUCUUCAGAUUCAAGAGGGGUUGAUGAAAUAAAUAUGUAUUGUGAUUGUCGGUAUAUAUCACCAUGUGAAGCAGCUUGGAGAAUCUUUAAAUUUCCAAUCCACCACAGAGAACCUUCUGUUGAAAGGUUAUCUUUUCAUUUACCAGGCAAUCAUAAUAUCAUAUUUUCAGAUGAUGAUCCAAUUGAUGUUGUCAUCAAUAAACCAACCAUAAAGGAAUCCAAAUUUUUAAGUUGGUUUGAAGCAAACAAGGAAUUUCCUGAGGCAAGAGAUUUAACCUAUGCAGAAUUUCCUUUAAAGUUUGUUUGGAAGCAACAAUCUAAGAGAUGGGUUAAAAGAAAAACUUCUGCAUUUUCGAUUGGAAGAAUUUUCUUUGUUCCACCGGGAUCUGGUGAGCAAUAUUAUCUUAGAUUGUUAUUGAAUAUUGUUAGAGGUCCCACUUCAUAUGAGGAUAUCAGAAGAAUAAAUGAUAUUGAUCAUGAGACUUUUAGAGAUGCAUGUUAUGCUUUAGGAUUAUUAGGUGAUGACAAAGAAUAUGUUGAUGCUAUAGUAGAAGCAAGUCAUUGGGGAAUGCCAUCAUAUCUAAGACAAUUAUUUGCUAUGCUACUUAUAUCAAAUUCAAUGUCACGUCCGGAGGUUGUUUGGCAAUCAACAUGGCAUUUACUAUCUGAAGAUAUUCUUCAUGAACAAAGAAGAGUAUUAGAUAACCCAGGUAUUCAAUACUCUUAUCUAUCAGAUGCUGAUUUGAAGAAUUGUUGCUUGCAAAAGAUAGAAAGUUUUUUAAAAAGUUGUGGAAGAAGUUUUUUAGAUUUUCCUACAAUGCCAAUACCUGUUUACACUGAGGAUGAUGUUGACAUCACUAAUAGAUUAAUUUGUGAUGAAAUGCGUUACAAUAAACGAGCUUUAGCUGUUGAACAUCAACAAUUGGUAUUAAAUUUAACGGAUGAGCAAAAAUCAGUGUAUAAAAAAAUUAUGGCAGCAGUUAGAAAAUAUGAGUGGAUUUUUCUUUUAUAUGGAUUUGGAGGAACAGGAAAAACUUAUAUUUGGAAGACUCUAUCAGCUGCCAUAAGGUCCAAAGGAGAUGUUGUUUUAACAGUUGCAUCUAGCGGGAUUGCAUCUCUUUUAUUACCAGGUGGCCGAACAGCACAUUCAAGAUUUGUUAUCCCGCUAAAUAUAACUGAAGAUUCAACAUGCAAUUUAAAACAAGGUACUCCUUUAGCACAUUUGCUAAUCAAGACUAAGUUGAUUAUUUGGGAUGAGGCUCCAAUGAUGCAUAAACAUUGUUUUGAAGCUCUUGAUAAGACUUUAAGAGAUAUUAUUGGCUACAAAGACGCAACUAAGUCAGAAUUACCAUUUGGUGGUAAAACAAUUGUUCUUGGAGGUGACUUUAGACAAAUUCUUCCUGUGAUCCCAAAAGGUAGUCGCCAAGAUAUUGUUAAUGCAACUCUCAACUCUUCAUAUUUAUGGUUCCAUUGUGAAUUAUUAACACUGACAAAGAAUAUGAGGUUGCAAAACAGUGACGCUGAUACUGAUCUAAAAGAGUUGCAAGAGUUUUCUGAUUGGAUAUUGGCAGUUGGGGAUGGUAGUAUUGGUAAUUCAUUUGAUGGAAUUGAUAAAGUUUUAAUACCAAAAGAUCUUCUAAUAACUGAAUAUACUGAUCCAAUAGCAGCUAUUGUGGAAAGUACGUAUCCAGAUUUCAGUACUAAUUGUAAUGAUGUUGGAUACCUACAACAAAGAGCCAUUCUUGCUCCGACUCUUGAUAUGGUGGAAUCAAUCAAUCAAUAUAUGAUCUCCUUGAAUCAUAAUCCUGAGAAAUCAUAUUUGAGUUCUGACAAAAUAUGCAAGUCUGAUCAUACUUAUUCAGCUUUGGAACAUGUCCACACCCCAGAUUUUUUGAACACUAUUAAAUGUUCUGGAGUUCCAAAUCAUUCAAUCACUUUAAAAGUUGGAGUACCAGUGAUGUUACUAAGAAAUAUUGAUCAGGCAGCAGGACUAUGUAACGGCACUAGGUUGAUUGUUACUAAACUUGGAAAUCAAGUAAUUGAAGCAAAGGUUUUAUCUGGACAGAUGGCUGGACAGAAGGUAUUUAUUCCAAGAAUGAAUUUAACACCUUCAGAUGCUAGAAUCCCAUUUAAGUUUCAAAGAAGACAGUUUCCUAUAACUGUAUCAUUUGCCAUGACAAUCAACAAGAGCCAAGGACAGUCUUUAUCUCAUGUUGGAUUAUUUUUGAAGAAACCAGUGUUUACCCAUGGACAACUUUAUGUAGCUGUUUCUAGAGUAACAAGUAGAAAGGGAUUAAAAAUACUGAGUUACAAUGAUGACGGACAAUUAACUGAUGAGGCUAUAAAUGUAGUAUAUAAAGAAGUGUUCCGAAAUCUAUUGUAA